AUGGCUGGUGGUGGAAUUCCUACAGACUCCCCCGGAGUGGCCGGGGGAUAUCUCAGCGGCAAGAAACUCAUCUAUCCUCUGAGCUUGGUCAUCUCCCUCUUUUUCCUCUGGGGUUUCUCUUACGGUCUUCUCGAUGUCCUCAACAAGCACUUCCAAACCGUCCUUGGCGUCACACGUCUCGAGUCUACCGGUCUCCAGGUCAUGUACUUCGGUGGCGGUUAUCUCUGCUUCUCUCCGGUUGCCGCCGAAGUCCUCAAGCGCAAAGGCUACAAAGUCACCAUUCUCAUGGGUCUCACUCUGUACUCGCUCGGAGCCAUCUUCUUCUGGCCAGUCGCUCAUUUCUCGACCCCAACGAAUGAGAAGGCCGCUUUCGGUGGCUUCUUGGCUUGCACCUUCGUGAUCGCAUGCGGUCUUGCUACCUUGGAAACCUCUGCCAACUCCUAUGCUGUCGUUAUUGGACAUCCGGCUACCGCUUCUGCUCGUCUCCAGUUCUGUCAGAGCUGGAACGGUGUAGCCUCUUUCACCGGCCCUUUGAUCGCUUCCAAGGCUUUCUUCUCUGGCGAGAAUGCGAACUCUCUCACGAACGUCCAAUAUGUCUAUCUUGCUGUAGCUUGCGCUGGUGUCGCUGUCGGUGUCCUCUUCUUCUUCUCGAAGUUGCCUGAAGUGUCGGAAGCCGCUGGGCGCUCAGCAUCCAUUGUUGGGGGAGACUCUGAAGAGCUCGGUCUUCCCAUGGACCAAUAUGGCAACAUCAUCGAGCAGAAGCCGCUGUGGAAGGAGUACAACAUGAUGUUCGGUUUUGUCGCCCAGUUCGCUUACGUCGGCGCUCAGGUCAGCAUCGCAACCUUCUUCAUCAACUACGCUACUGAGGCAGCCUCGUUCACUGCGGAGGAGGGUGCUCGCCUACUCUCUUACGGUCUCAUUACCUUCACCGUUGGUCGCUUCAUCGCUGCUGGUGUCGCUUAUUUCCUAGAGUCCAACUUCGUCCUCAUGGUGUACGCUGCAGUGUGCAUUGCCCUCUCAGCCUACGUUUCGAACGCGCACGGCACCGCGGGCGUCGCAUGCAUCAUCGUCAUCUUCUUCUUCAUGGCUCCGAUGUACCCUAGCAUCUUCACGCUUGGAACCGCGAACCUGGGCCGCAACACCCGUCGCGGUGCUGGUAUCCUCGUCAUGGGGGUCUCGGGCGGCGCAGUCUUUCCGCCAAUUCAUGGCGCUAUCGCCGAUGCUAGCUCCACCCGCAUCUCCUACCUCGUUCCCAUGGUUGGCUUCAUCGUCGUCCUGGCCUACGUCACCUCCCACUGGAUCCGCCACGGCAGGCACAUCCUCCGCAUCAAGGGCGAGAACGUGGUUGCAACUGCGCUUGAAGGCGGUGCUGUUGGUGGAGCUGUUCAGACUGUCCACUAUGACGAGAAGCGUCUCUCGAUUGCGGAGAUCGAGCAAGUUCGCCGCUCCAGCCUUGCUGGCGCACAUGUCAACCCCAUCACCGGCGGCUACCGUGUUGAUGCUGACCACGAGGCUGGCGUCGAACGUCGCAACAGCAUCCAGGGGCGCAUCAACGCCACAUUUGCAGGCUACGACAUGAAGGGCCAGCGUGAGGAGACGGUCGAGCACUCCACCAAGUAA